UUUUCACGCCGGCGGAUAUUUUUUCGCCUGGUUGGUGAAACUCGUCGGCUGGUUUUUGACAGAAAAAUUGCGCCGGGCUGCUAUUUUUCUGUUGGUAAAACUGGCCUCUGAAUCGAAAAUUCUGGGAGUUCACGCGGCCAUCCAUAUGAAAAUGGGUUUCGUCGCUGAACCAGAUUCGGUGAAGGAACUCAUUGUCCUGCUCGCAAUUUCUCAAAAACCAGCCGCUGUAAAGAAGCCGUGACUGUUUGUCGACUUUCGACAGUGCUUGGUGAACGGAGACCUUAUACGGGAACAGCUGAACGUCGUUUCUGGCCAAACGAUGCUGUCCGCAGCGGGCGCGCCCCUGCUGCGCUCGGCGUCAGUGCUGGUCACCGGCCAGCGUCUGCUCAACUGUAACCGUGCCGUGGUGUGUCGCGUACACCGGCUGCGCCACCCUCAGCUCUACCCAACGACGGUGGUACUGUCCGACGGGGCCACCAUCACCGCGCGCUACCACGAGCCGAGGAAAAUCAUCAAGCUGCCGCUCGACCUCAGCACGCUCUCUGAGGAGGAGCGACUGGUGCGACUCCAGAGACGGAAGCCCAAGCAGAAGGUGGUCAUUGAACAGGAGGUCGAGGACUCGUUCGACGUCAAAAAGUAUCAGAAGUUCUGGAAACGCUGAGAUGGGUGGACGGACGCGCCUUCAACGUGUUGGUAUCAGAAGUUCUGGAAACGCUGAGACCGACAGACACCCCUUCGACGCCAGACAGUAUCAGAAGUUCAGGAAAAGCUGAGCCGAGCGGGCGCUCUUUGGCUCUGGCCGGGCGUAAAAAGUAGUCAGGGAGGGAUGCUGUGGCAGUCACCGGUGGCGUCAGUGAAUGAAACGCAGCGCCAUCAGUUGUUUGCUGAGGAUGAUGCGAACCUCACGGAACACCGCGCGCUAUCGCGAGCCGCGGAAAAUCAUCAAGGUGUGUGGGACGGAUGGCCUGGCGAUGGUUUGUGUCUGUGAGAGGUUUGAGUAAGAGGUUUGAACUGAGUGAAGAGUAAGGCGCUGAGUAGCCAGUGAUUUAGUUAUUUCAUGACUGGAAUAUGAAGAGACCUGCAACUGGAUGUGAGUGUUUGUGGAUGAUGCAAUACAUGCUCGUUUGUAA